ACCUUUUACUGACCCGUUAUUGUACUAGUAUCCAUCCGGGUUGGACGUGGCUAAACCGCCAAAUUUUAGCAGCUCGCGAUCCUGUGAAGCACCAGUGACGCGUCUUCCACCUGUUCCGUGCACACGGAAUCAUGUCUUCCGACAUCACCCUGUACUGGGGCUCUGGCAGUGUCCCAUGCUGGCGUCCCAUGAUCUGUCUGGAGGAAAAGGGGCUGUCUGGCUACAACAAGAAGCUGAUCUCAUUUGAGAAGAAAGAGCACAAGUCGAACGAAAUCAUGAAGUUGAACCCUCGCGGACAGGUCCCUACCUUCAAACAUGGGGAUGUUGUCGUGAACGAGUCAAUGGCCAUCUGCCUUUAUAUUGAGAACGCCUUCAAGAACCAGGGAACCAAGCUUCUGCCGGACGACCCUUCCCAGCAGGCACUGGUGCUGCAGAGGUUCGUAGAGACACAAAACAUUAUGGAAAAGAACAACGCCCUGGUCUAUUACAAAUACCGAACAAAGCAAGAGGACUGGGAUCAGGCAUUCAUUGCAGAGAAAAGUAAGGCUUUGGCUGAAGAGCUGCCACUGUGGGAAAAGUAUCUCUCUCAGUACGGAGAAGGAUCCUUCAUCACUGGGAAGGACUUCACCCUGGCUGAUGCAGGGUUGAUCCCAGCACUUGCCUUCCUGGUGCGAAUGCAACUGUCAUUGAAGGAACGCUUUCCUCUCCUGGCCAGCUACUAUGAAAGGGUGAAAGACCGUCCUUCUGUGCAGUCAGGGUGGCCACCUCACUGGAAGGACAGCCCUGGGAUGGGCUAUCUGAAGGAUGUGUGAGGAGAGGAAAGUCUCACUACAGACCAUAAGCUGGUUGGCUGGCUUACUCAAUAUUAUGGAAAAUUAAAGGACAAAAAGCUUGCUACUGUUUUACAUAUUACUGUCCAGGGAAUACAUGGUAGAUCAUAAGAUGUGGUUGAGGAAGCUAUUACCGGUAGCUAAUCAGGUCAUGAUUUCAAAUGUGUAUCCAAUCCACAGAUAAGGUUGUCAAUUUGAAUAAAGUACAUACCCAGUAGUCAUGUUGUAGCCAUGGCCAAUGACUGAUUGACCAAGAUAGGAAGUUUUUUGACAUGACACAGUGUUCUGCAAUUGUCUUAUCCAGCCGGAAAAAAAGAAUGACU